CAAACUUGCUCAAGAAGUUGUUAGUUGGUGUAUCGUAGAAUAUACAGCAGCGUUCGUACAGAAUCAUAUCCCACUACCGCGCGAAUUGUCUCUCUCCAAUAGUACAUAACCGCUUGAUGCAGCAGCCACCAUAACUGCAUUCCACUCACAACAAAUUUUCUAUUCCAUUUCCUUUCAUUCUAACACUCAAAAGUCCAAAAUGCCCUCCAUCGUCGACCGUGAAAGCUUUAACACUCACGACGUUUACACCGUUAACUUGCACGGAAACGAAAUCAAAGUAACCGUCACCGCCGUUGCUUCCGUUGUCAGAAAGUGGAUUUUCACCACGCUUUUUUUCAACCGCCGCGACCUACAGCGAAACCGUCUCGUCGUCGGUCUCGGCGUUCAAUGGACUCCCGGCGGCAGGGAUCCUCCAGCUGAUACUUUACAGCUCUGCGUCGGUCGCCGAUGCUUAAUCUUCCAACUAGCUCACGCUACCUACGUUCCAAAGAGCCUCCGGAACUUUCUUCUGAAUCGUAACCACACAUUUGUAGGUUUUUGGAACCAUUCCGAUCGCCGGAAGUUGAAGACGUCGGAUCAACGAUUCGAGAUGUACAGAGAUCCGUUGGAUCUGAGGCUUUACGGUGAAGCAGAGGCUGAAGAUGAUGAUGAUGAUGAAGACCUAGCUCGUGCUUCGGUGGAUGAAAUCGUUGAGAAAUGUCUCGGUUAUGAAAUUGAACAGAGUGGUGAAAUUGGAAGAAGUGAUUGGGAUGAUGAAGUUCUGAGCGAUGAACAAGUUGUUUAUGCGAGUGUUGAUGCUUACUGUGCUUUCCGCAUUGGGAAGAAUGUCAAAGCUUGGAGGUUUACGCGAUGAAAAUUGAAAAAUGCAUAUUCAGAAUCAUUCGCAGCUCAUAGCAAUGGAGUUUGGAUUAAUACUAUAAUGGUACGGUUAAUUGAUUUUGCUUGUAAAUUUCUUAGGUGAUGAAACUGCUUAUGCUUUAAUAGUUUAUUUCUUCAGUUUAAUCUUGUUUUUAAUUUUUGUUUCUAAAAUGGUGAUUUGAUAGUACUGUACGUAAUGGUCUAGUAGCUAUUUCCCUAGUAACAUGUAGCUAAUGGUAAUGGUGUGAUCUUGCAUUCACUAUUUUGCAUACAUUUCAAUCAAUCAA